AUGUCCGACAUCGAGCUGGACAAGUGUCUCUCCAUGGUCCACUGGCCGCUGGAAUGGCCUACCCCCUUACAACGUCUUCACAAUCCAACCGAAUCAACGAUCCCUUCAAGACAGACACCUCAGUUAAAACACACUCUCCCCAUCAGCAAUUUCAGAAAUGGCAACCCUGCGUCUAGAGGUGUUGGUGAAAAGGCACGCCUACUUUGUGUGAUCACCGUCAUCGCCUUUGUUUUACCCAGGCGUUCGUGUUCCUCACUCGACCCUGUCAUCAGUGACUUCGGCCCCGACAAAAUGACGUGCAGCCAACUGGGGACUGUUGGAUCACACACAGCUGAUGACAAGUGGUCGAAAGGAGAAGACACAAAUGCAAAGCAGAUCAGCAGUGGUUUGGUUGUCAGUGUCGUACUACUGCUGACCAGAAAAGUAGAGCCUGGCGUCGAUAUAGGCAGCAUCCAACCAACCACAACAAACUGCACAAGAUGGCCUGCAAGAACAUGCAUCACAUGCAAAAGAGGGCGACUGAACAAUGGAAAUGACCUACAACAGAAACAGUCUGGUCGCUUUGUUGGUGAUAAAACUACAGCCACACUGGCAAUCAUUAGCAUUAAAGUUGACGAAGUUAAGAAAACCCUUCAGCAUUUAGAUACGAAUAAAGCUAUGGUUGGGGACCAGAUUAGUUCCCGUCUGCUCAAAGGUUGUGCUGACCAAUUAGCAGAGCCCCUUUGCAGCAAGCUAAAGAGCUUUGGCAUCAGUGGGAACCUCCUGGACCUUCUUCAAAACUAUCUUCCUGGAAGAUCACUUUCCGUGGCGGUGAACGGCCACUCCUCCACCGAGUGCCCCAUCAGUGCCUCUGUGCCCCAAGGUAGCGUCCUCGGACCUCUGCUUUGGAACGUCUUCUUUAAUGACAUCCUGCAACUCAUAUCGGAGGCGUCAGCGUAUCCUGACGACUGCACGAUGUCAUUUACGUGUAAGCGAGACGACCAUCAGCGAACGAUAGUGCGCAUCAAUCAGACGCUUCAGAGCCUGGUGGCGUGGAGCCGGAGAUGGCAGGUGGCGCUGGCCCCAGAGAAGACACAGGCCUCCUUGCCCGCUCCAAACAUCCUCCUCGACGGCAAUAGAUUGUCUCUGCAAGAAUCCAUCAAGAUCCUCGGAGUAGAGGUCGAUAGCGGCUUAACAUACACGCGACACGUCCAGCCAGUGGCUAAGGCAGCUGCAUGGAAGCUUGGGUGCAUCCGUCGCAUCAUUCAUCUCCUGGACGGGCCUGGUGUAUCAGCACUCUACUACAAGUCGUAA